GUUCAUUGUCUUCUCCGCAGCUCCCUGCCCGCAGUCCCAUCAGCCACCUGUCUGCCCUCCUCGCCACCCACACUCCUGAGUGUCCUAUCCCCACCACCCUCACACAUGCUUGUCUUGCUGCGGCCACGUGUGGCCCACUUGCUGUGACACAGGAGCACCACUCCCGUGAGCAUCAGUCCAGCCCCUCCCCACCAGGGCAGAGGCAGCCUCUCGCCAAACACCACACUCCCCGCACACCCGCUCAGCACAAAGCUCAAGGCGAAGUUGAGCGUCGUUGCCGAAGUCACCGUCAUCUCCUUCAUCGCGUCAACAUAUAGUUUCAGCAUCACGGCAUUCGACAACAGCCCCAGGGCCAGGCACACCGCCCUCAGAUGCCACACCAGAGAGGCCAGAAGAGCGUCACUGAGUAGCGGCAGGCGGCGGGAUAGAUCUGCGAGUAGGCUGUCAUCGCUCCAGUCGAACGCCAUCUUCAGCAGGCAGGAUGCUGCAGCGCCACACAGGGAGCUCUUCACUGAUUUCAGAGGCAGUCGCAUCCCCAUGGUGACUUUCAGAGCGAUACCGAG